AUGGCGGAGACGGACAAGCCCGAGGUGCCCGGAGCCGCCGGCGACGACACUCCGCGUCAGCAGUUGUCGCCCCCGGAGCUGCCGGAGGAGUCGGGUCAGGAACAGCUACAGCCACAGCAGGAGCUGGAGAAGCAGCAGCCGCCACUCGGAGGCAACUCCAAUGGCGUUAAAAUGGAGAAUGAUGACUCUGUAAAAGAAGAGAGAUCUGACUUAAAAGAAAAAUCUACAGGAAAUAAGAAGGCAAAUAGAUUCCAUCCCUAUUCAAAAGACAAGAAUUCGGGCACUGGAGAAAAGAAAGGUCCUAACCGUAACAGAGUUUUUAUUAGCAACAUCCCAUAUGACAUGAAAUGGCAAGCUAUAAAAGAUCUUAUGAGAGAAAAAGUUGGUGAGGUUACAUACGUGGAGCUCUUUAAGGAUUCGGAAGGAAAAUCAAGGGGUUGUGGUGUGGUUGAGUUCAAAGAUGAAGAGUUUGUAAAGAAAGCAUUAGAAACUAUGAACAAAUAUGAUCUUAGUGGAAGACCCCUGAAUAUUAAAGAGGAUCCUGAUGGAGAAAAUGCUCGUAGGGCACUGCAACGUACAGGAGGAUCAUUCCCAGGAGGACAUGUCCCUGAUAUGGGUUCGGGGUUGAUGAAUUUACCACCUUCCAUUCUCAAUAAUCCAAAUAUUCCUCCUGAGGUUAUCAGUAAUUUGCAGGCUGGUAGACUUGGUUCUACAAUUUUUGUGGCUAAUCUUGACUUCAAAGUUGGUUGGAAGAAGCUAAAGGAGGUGUUCAGCAUAGCUGGAACAGUAAAACGGGCAGAUAUUAAAGAAGACAAAGAUGGCAAGAGCAGAGGAAUGGGCACAGUCACUUUUGAUCAAGCAAUUGAAGCAGUUCAAGCAAUCUCUAUGUUCAAUGGACAGUUUUUAUUUGAUAGACCUAUGCAUGUGAAAAUGGAUGACAAAUCAGUCCCUCAUGAAGACUAUCGCUCACAUGAUAGUAAGACACCCCAAUUGCCCCGUGGUCUUGGAGGCAUUGGAAUGGGGCUUGGACCAGGUGGGCAGCCCAUUAGUGCCAACCAGUUGAACAUGGGAGGUGGAAUGGGAAAUAUAGGACCAGGAAGUAUGGGAAUGGAUGGUCCUGGUUUUGGAGGAAUGAAUAGAAUGGGAGGAGGAGUUGGGUUUGGUGGCAUGGAAACAAUGAAUAGCAUGGGAGGAUUUGGAGGAAUUAGCCGAAUGGGAGGAAUGGGUGCUAUAGAUGACUUCAGAGGGAGCAUGGGCAGUGGAAUGAGUGGAGGGAUAGGGACUGGCAUGGCAGGAAUGGGAACUGGUAUGGGCGGCCUGGGAAGCAGCAUGGGAGGUAAGUUAGAAUUGUACCGUGGUGGAAUGGCUAGUAGCAUGGAAAGAGACUUUGGACGUGGUGACAUUGGAAUGAAUCGAGGCUUCGGGGAUUCUUUUGGUAGAAUUGGUGGUGCAAUGAUUGGAGGUUUUGCAGGAGGAAUGGGAGCUUCUAACAUGGGUCCAGUAGGAUCUGGCAUGAGUGGUGGAAUGGGUGGUAUGAACAGCAUGACUGGAGGAAUGGGGAUGGGACUUGACCGGAUGAGCUCCAGCUUUGAUAGAAUGGGACCUGGCAUGGGAGCUGUACUGGAAAGAAGCAUCGAUAUGGAUCGAGGAUUUGUGUCUGGCCCAAUGGGAAGUGCAAUGAGAGACAGAAUAGGCUCCAAAGGAAACCAGAUAUUUGUCAGAAAUCUGCCUUUUGACUUGACUUGGCAGAAACUAAAAGAGAAAUUCAGUCAGUGUGGUCAUGUAAUGUUUGCUGAAAUAAAAAUGGAGAAUGGAAAGUCAAAAGGCUGUGGAACAGUCAGAUUUGACUCACCAGAAUCAGCUGAAAAGGCCUGUAGAAUAAUGAAUGGCAUAAAAAUAAGUGGCAGAGAAAUUGACGUACGCCUGGAUCGUAAUGCAUAAUUUGAAACUACAUUCAGAACAUUCCUGCACAUGUUUAGCUUCUCUAGCCUAGUAAAAAGUCAUUUUAGUAACAUUGUAUGCUUAAAGAAGCUGUAAAAAUGAACUUUUAAAUCCCACCAGCCUUUAACAGUAUAGUGUUAAAAUAUACUGUAAUUCUUGCUAACAAACUUGAGUUUUAGUUUUUAAAGACAGUGGCUCUGGUCAUUCAGUUUAAAUGAAUGGUUAUACUGUUUUUAAUGAGAUAAGCCAUCUCCCCAUUGUUACUCUCAGUACUGCAUAGUGGGAUUUGUUUAGUGUUCAAAUUUCCCCAGCUUGUACCUACUUUAUUGUAAUGUAAAAAAAUAGAUGUUUUUCCACAACUUGUUUUCUAUAUGCAUUUUAGUCAGACUUUAACUUGAAAAGAAAGGGCUCAGAUAAAUUAGGUUGUGAUUUUGUUUGUUUAAAAUUAGUUUUAUGCCAUGGUGCAGAAUUAGUGUAAAUAAGUUUUUCAGCCUAGAGGGAGUUUGGAAUGUUUUAUUUGAUUAAAUGAAAUGGCUACUUCCUGCUCCCUAUCCCUACACCACCCCCAUACCUCUGUCCCAAACAGGUGGUUUUAUCCCCAUAACACUAGUAAAAAUCAGUCCCCACAGCCCCUUAUUUUAUUGUUUCCUAUAAUUCCAAGUUCAUAUAGAACUGAUAAUGUAGCAAGCACCAAGUACAGUACUAGACAAACUACCCCCAACUUCUUGUCUAGUUUCCAGCCAUUCAGGUGAACAGCUAGAAAAAGAAAAACAAUGGAAAAAAUGAGAGAAAUAACUGUGUAAGUCAAUCCACUGCUGUUAACUUUGACAGGAGCCGAUGUAUUUGUGAAUGCAGUUUGAAUAAACCAUGGAGCACCUAAACACAACAUAUCAAACACAUUGGAUCCUAUAAUGUUAGACAUAGCCAUAUCUCCUCUACCUGCAAAACAAAAGAAUAUGUUGUUGAAAUGUGCACAUUAAGUUAACAUUUUAUUAAUAAGCUGCUUCAUCAGUUACACUGGAUACCUUUUUUUCUGUUUUGGAAAACUUGUUUUAGAGCAGAAUUCUUACUGAAUUUGCAUUUGCUCAUUUGUUUUUAGUUAGUAUUUAAAGACUUAACAUUUAUUUAUGAAAUAGUAAUUAUUUUAUUUAUUAAACCAUUUUUGUAGACUAUGUAGAUUACUUGUUUUUAAUUCUAAUUUAACAUGUUUAAGCUUUAAUAAGUUUUUUCAGGUGAAUUUAAUUUUUUACAAUUCAGGUUUAGUGAACUUAAGCUGCUAAAAUUGUCACUUUUCUUUCUUUUGAUUUGCUUUGUUCAGUGAAGUAUAUUGAGGAAGUGAAUUACUUUUACAAAUGUCUUUUCCCUGUGUAUGUGAGCCAGUUUAAGGAUUGGGCAUAAAAACCUGAACCAGUUCUUACCUUUUCUCGCAACCAACACACUUGCAACAGUGUCUGGUAUGCUUGUUCCUGCUGCUAAUACCGUAAGGCCCAUUACUGUAUCUGGAAUUUCCAAUGUUUCUCCUAUAGGUGACAAAAUGCUGAUAAGUAAAAAACCUCAUGGUGGUUUUAAUCACCAGUUUGUUCAUUAACUAUUUUGUAAAGAAACUUUUUUCCCUGGACAAAACUAUUUAAGUUGCAACACUACUUUGUGCUCAGUCAUAUUUUCAGCAAUACUAUUUAACAGAGAGCUCAGAAAUUUUAUGGACUUUUAGAUGGCGCUGUUUCAGAUGUUUAUCAGCUAGAAUUCUACUACUGAGUGAUUCACUUUGCUUGUGCCCUGACAGAAGUUGUGGAUGGCAUUCAUUGUUAGAGACCUUUAUUUUAAUCUGGGGCUCUAGCCCUUAAAAAUAAACAUCCUUUGAAAAACACUUUUUUCCCUUUAGAUAAUUUUGGUAUCAUUGUAGUUUUAGUCAAGAAUUCUUGACAGCUGUUUCUGAGCUAUACAAAUAUAAUUCUUUUGUUAUUUAAGCAAUUUUAAAAUGAGUUUCUAAAAAAGUCAUAUUAAAUAAUGAACUCUAUGUAAUGUACUCUUUGGGAAAGCAUGUAAACUCCCCAACAGAGAAGAAAUAGGGCUCUAUUGAAGUCUUCCUAAUGCAAGGUCCAAAUUUUUUUAUAUUCUUUGAUGUUAGCUGAUGGUUAGUUUUUCAGAAAUGUAAUAGUUCUAGGAAAGGAACUGGAGGGAAGUAGUUAUUGUAAGAAUUGCUUCUUUUGUGUUACUUUGAAUGAAAACUUGCUUUAGAACCAUUUUUUCUUGUGUAUGAUGCCAAUUAAAACAGUUUAACUAGAAA